GCGGAGGCUCGGGGGGUCCCCGCUCUCCCUCCGGUCGCGGAGGAGGAAGCCCCGGCGGGCGGGGGGCGCGGCGGCCCUUCCCCCGAGGGCAGCCCCGGUCCCGCCCUGCCUCCCGCGGGGGGCGGAGCGGCCGCCGGCGGGGCCGGGAGCUGCGGGGCCGGUGCGAGGCUGCGGGGCCGCCGCCGCCGCCCAUGGAGCCCAACGGGACGGCGGCGGCGGGGGUGGGCAACGCCUCGGCGGCGGUCGGUGGCGGCGGCUCCCCCGGAGGCGGCCCCCUGCUCAUCUCCUCGGCCUUCGGGACGGUGCUGUCGGUGAUGUACGUGGCCGGAGUGGCGGGGAACGUCUACACGCUGGUGGUGAUGUGCCACUCGGCGCGCUGUGCCGCCCCCAUGUACAGCUCAAUCGUCAGCCUGGCCCUGGCCGACCUGCUCUACCUCUCCACCAUCCCCUUCAUCGUCUGCACCUACCUGGCCCAGGACUGGUACUUCGGGGACCUGGGGUGCCGCAUCCUGCUCAGCCUGGACCUGCUCACCAUGCACGCCAGCAUCUUCACCCUCACCCUCAUGUGCACCGAGCGCUACCUGGCCGUCACCCGGCCCCUGGACACGCUGAAGCGGUCGCGAGGCUACCGGAAGGUCACGGCGGGGGCCGUCUGGUCGGUCUCGCUGCUCCUUACUCUGCCCAUGAUGCUGAUGGUCACCCUGACCGAGGGGGGCAAGGCAGAGGGCAAGGUGAAGAGGAUGUGUGCGCCCACCUGGAGCAUGGACGCCUACCGGACCUACCUGACGGUGCUCUUCAGCACCAGCAUCAUGGCCCCUGGAAUCAUCAUUGGCUUCCUCUACACGCGCCUGGCCAGGACCUACUUGGAGUCCCAGAGGAACCCUCCCCACAAGGAGAAGAGCAAGAGAUCCCCCCGGCAGAAGGUUCUCAUCAUGAUUUUCAGCAUCGUGCUGGUCUUCUGGGCCUGCUUCUUGCCGUUUUGGAUCUGGCAGCUGGUGCGGCUCUACAGCAGCUCCCUGCAGCUCACCACCCAAACCCAAAAGUGCAUUAACUACCUGGUGACCUGCCUGACCUACAGCAACAGCUGUAUCAACCCCUUCCUCUACACCCUGCUCACCAAAAACUACCGGGAAUACCUGCGCAACAGGCACCGCAACUUCUACAGGUUCACAUCCUCCUUCCGCAAGAGGGGCUCCAACCUGCAGUGCUCCUGGGGACGGUCCAUGUCCUCCAGCAACCAGUACGACUACAGCUCGGAGGCGCUGGGCAUGGCCACGUUGAAGGACAAGUGAGGAAGAGGAGGCUCCCUGGAGACACCAGGACCAGCAGAGCAUCUGGCCAAGGGCUUCUCUCAUUCCAUUUGACCUCUUCCCCGGAGGAAUUACUUCAAGACGGGAUCCCCAAUGCCAUGGUCUGGGUUGCAGGUGAAGGAGAUGGUGACAGCGUAGCGAGUGCCCCACUGAACCUUUUCCACCCGAUGUAGGUUCUCCGAUCCAGAGGUGAAAAAGGAAACCCGACCUGUAAAGCCAACGUAUUUAAUCAGUGACACGGAGUUCGCCACUCGGCUCUCAACACAGUUUUGCUGUUGUCUCGCUCCAACUGCUCCCUAGUGACCUGAGAGCCCAUCGGUCAUCGCAGAGCCAAACUGUUAUGAGCUUAUGCUGCACUCUGACAGCUUUAUGUACUGUUUGAAACGUACCUUAAUCCUCUGCGCUACAAAGCUGGAGACUUUAUUCCACCAUAUCUCAUAGUUUAUAAAAGGCCGGAGGAGGGCAAGAAUAUCUGAAGCCAGUUCUUAGUUUUUGCAAAAAAAAAAAAAAAAAAAAGAAAGGUGCAACUCCAGCGACAAAGUGUAUUGAUCUCCUCUCUGCUCCCUUCUAGUCUGGGCUCUAAUUUCAGACCAAAGGACAAAGUACUACAAAGGUGGCAAAAAGUCUUCAGUGAAAAAACACUCAGCAGGUUUACAAGCAGCCGCAGCAGCUUAUCAGCAUUGUACCAAGUAUUUGCUGUGGCUUGUUGUGCACAGCCUGAUCAGCCCCUGCUCAGCCAGGUUAGAAAGUUACGUAUCACUCAUAUACAAAUUAAUUUUCCUUAGAGCCACACCAUCAAUGCAUUGGCUUGGAAAUUGUGGGGUUUGUUUUGGGUUUUUUUUUUAGAUAUAAGUGCUUAUUCCUGCGCUUUGCACUGUCCAGGCUCUGACCACCACUCUGCCUUGGGCUUCUCCAGGUACUAAGUGGCAUCGAGGUGAAACGCAGCUUCUUUGGUAAUGACAGCAGAGGUACAUUAGCAUCCCACUUGCUGAAACAGAAGAGCCCUCUGCACCUUCAUAGCAUUAAACUGCUGAAAACACAAAAAGUUUGUUUAGCAAGUAACUCAGAUCUGACGCAAUUCCGUAGGACUGCUCGAGUUCUCCUGAGGAAGCCAGUAACACCCGUACGCACAGCUGGUUUAUCCCAAUAGCGUGUGUUCUUCCCACUCGGCUUUUUUUUUUCCCCACUGUUCAAAUUAGAUUAAAGCUUGUUAAAAAGCUUAUCAUACGGAGUUCAUAUUGCCAAUCUAACUCUGCCUGGGACUCAUUCACAAUCAGGCAAAAAUCAAACACUUAUGUGGCUACUUAAAAUGGGCACAAGAUAAACUAUUCCAACCAUUAUAUGGUCUCCACUGCAGAAAUGGACUCCAGGCAACAUAGCUGUUUUUUUCCUCUGGAUCAUUUGGGCGACUUUUAGCUAGAAGUUAUUUUGCUUGUAUACUCCUAAGCAGCACAAGGGAGAUUUGAACAGAACUAGACUGGCCUCAGUGAGCCCAGUUUGCUCACUAACCCAAGGUCUCUUCAAGCAGCCUCCGUGUCCCUUGCACAUACAGCUGCAGUUCACUUUUAAUCUUUCAUAAUUCAUAGUCUUUCAUAACUGCCCAGCAGAAGUCAUAUCACACUCUUCUCUGCCUUGUGGCUGCACAACAGUAAUUGUUAAAACUAUAUAUGUAUUUUAAAAACACAUCCAUUUAUACACAUAGCUCAUUUAGACCUUGGUGUCCUGCUUUUCUGGAUUAAAGGCUAAGUUAAGCAAGGUACUCCUGUCCUGGGAGUGUUGCAAUGAACAGUGCUCAAGGAUUUCAUACAAAGUCCCUGUGUCGUGAUUAUUUUUUUCCUUUUGAAUCCUGUUUCAACAUUAUUCAAGUACUUUAUUAUCAGUCCCUCACUUACUCACCCCAAAGCUUUGCCUUAAACCGAUUUUCAAGCAUUUUUGUUUGAUCCCUUCUGAGAAGAAGCAGCAAUUCAGAGUUAGACAAGUUUCGGUGUAUUGUUUAGGCCAGUUAAAUGGUAUUUUUUUUUGCUAUACAGAAUGUAUUUUAAUUUCUUUCUUUAAUAAAUAUGUCUUCAUAUAUAUGGCA